UCUGGGCAUGAUUGUUUAUUCAGUGUUCCGUUCCAUGAAUAUGCGUACUGCAUACACUCCCCGCCCCGUUGUAAAAUCAUACAGGUUGUUAUGUUUUAGCAUUUUUGCUUUCAUUUGGAUAAUUAAUAAGUUCCUGCGUUAUGUAUUUGGUAACGAGUGAUAUGUUGAUUAUUCUGCAAUUUCGACGUGAAGUGUUUACAAACAUCGUGUAAUGACAAAUCGAGUGUAAUAUUAUUGUAUUUCAUGUCUAUCUAGUUCAAAGUAAAUAGUGGAACAAGUACAAUGGGGAUCACUCUACCCCCUUUAGAAUUUACUGAGUGUAUCAGUGAUAGCCCGUAUUUUCGCGAAAAUUUGAGAAAACAUGAAUGUGAAUUGGAAAUUACAAACCAACAAAUCAAAAGGAUUAUCAAGGAAGUCAAGGAUUUAUUGCAGGCAGCAAAACAACUAGGAAUGGCCCAAAGGUCCUUCGCAAGCUGCCUCAAUGGUUUCACGUUUCAGUCCAUAGGAGAAACCCAGACUGAUGAAGAAAGGAUAAUUUCUAAAUCUUUGCAAGAAUUUGGUUCUCUCAUAAAUAUGGUAGAAGAUGAGAGGGACAAUAUGUUGGCCAACGCAUAUUCCAACGUUGUCAAACCUCUAGAGGACUUCAGAAAAACUCACAUCGGCAACGUCAAAAAUGAAAAGAAAAAAUUCGAAAAACAAACUGCUAAGUUUUGUAAGGGCCAAGAGAUGUAUUUGAAUUUGACCUCCAAGAAAACCACUCACUCCCUGCAAGAGGCCGAUGCGUCAGUGAACAUGGCGGAAAGCUAUUUUCGAGCAGCAAGCAUGGAGUACAUAUACCUGAUACAAGAAUUUCAUGAGCGGAAAAAGUUCGAAUUUGUCGAGACCCUAUUGAGUUUCUUGUUCGGAUGGUUGACGUUCUAUCAUCAGGGUCAUGAAGUGGCUAAUGAUUUCCGUCCCUUCAUGGUAGAUCUGCAGACUAAGAUUCAGAAGACCAGGACCAACUUCAACGAUUACAAGGAUAAACUGAAAACCCGUAUGGCUGAAGUGAAGAAACAGUGUCUGGAAGAGCCCAUGAGAAAUGCGAAGGGCUGCAAAACCGGAUAUUUGUAUUUAUUGGAGAAAAAGGCUUUCGGAACGACUUGGAUAAAAUACUAUUGUACUUACAAUAAGGAGACCAAAGAAUUCGCGAUGUUGCAAUAUAAUCAGUUAACUUCAAAAUCGAUAUCCCAACCAGAAACUAUGGUACUGACACAGUGCGUUCGAAGGAUGUCGGAUUCCAUAGAUAAACGUUUCUGUUUCGACAUUCAGUGCGAUGCUAAGCCUGGCGUCGUUCUCACCUUCCAAGCGCUCAACGAACAGGAUCGCACAUGCUGGUUGGACAUCAUGGAUGGCAAGGAGCCCACAUACAUAACGCCUCCUUUGAACAAGGUCGUCGAGGUCAAUUCGGAAGAGAGAACGCUUGACGAAGUCGGCAUCUAUUUUUUGAACAGAUGUAUCGAGGUGUUGGAAAGUAGAGGUUUGGAAGAGCAAGGACUGUAUCGGGUAGUGGGGGUCACGUCGAAAGUUAACAAGCUGUUGACAAUGGGUCUAGACAGGAGAAAAUCUGAGAAGUUGGCCGGACUGGAAGAUCCGCAAGAAUGGGAGUCCAAGACCAUAACCAGCGCGCUGAAGAAUUAUCUACGGAACCUGCCUGAACCCAUAAUGACCUAUAGGUACCAUAACGGGUUUAUUGCUGCAGCAAAGAAUAAGGAUGUUGGUAUGAGGAUCAAUGAUAUACAUACUCUGGUUUAUAGAUUACCAAAGCUUAACAUGGAAGUAUUACGCAUCCUCAUAAAACAUUUAAACAAUGUAGCGGCAAAAAAUGAUAAGAAUCUAAUGACUACCAGUAACCUGGGUGUAUGUUUUGGUCCAACCCUACUCCGUCCAGAAGAAGAAACCGUCGCUUCAAUCACCGACCUGAAAUUCUACAAUGUAGUUGUAGAAGUACUCAUCGAAAACUACAAUAGGAUAUUUAAUUCUGAGCCUGAAAGAAUUGUCUUGGAAGAUAGGCAGGAUACAAAAUCACCAAAUAUCACUAAUUCGUUACCUAGCAACAAUAUCCAAAAUCAGAGUUCUCCAAAUGAACUGAUGCCUAGCACCUAUAUAAGUCCAGGUGGUACCGAAAUUCUCCACACUAGUAAUCCAAGAAAUUUCAGUAACAGCGACCAUAUGAACAAUAGUCUUUAUACAAGAAAACAGUACAAAUGGAAACCCUCCUAUACUUGUACUGUUAAAACCUAUUAUGAGCCACCUCCUUCUUCUACAGGGACCACUUCUAGUUUGUACAAUGUUCACGAUCCGUCUAAUAGUAUUCCCAAUAAUGCAUUGAGAAACGAUCCUACGAUCCCAAUGAACAACCACACCACUUCCAACGACAGAUUACAUAGGUACAAGCAUAUGGUUAUGUCAUCUGUCACUUCACAGUCGGAAAGCAAUAUACCAAAUCUUCCAAGUUUUAGUCCCACAAAUUUGAGGAGCUACAGCAGACUUGGUCCAAAUAGUUCGAGUAGUUCAAAUGAAUCCAUUUCAUCUACUUCAAAGGAAGGUAACACAUAUAAUGCAACGCACAAAAAUAGUGAAAGAAAUACGUUCAAUGCACACCCAAAAAGUUCAAGGUCACCUAGAAAUUUGUCUGCUAUUAAGGAUCCUAACACUUCUCAUUCUUCAGGAAAACCUAACAUUUUAACACGAGUUAGGAGGGUGCGAACACUUUACACUUGCCUAGCUGGACAUGAUGGCGAGCUUUCAUUUGAGCCAAAUCAAAUAAUCACAAACGUGAGAGCUUCUCAAGAACCUGGCUGGUUGGAGGGGACUUUGAAUGGUAAAACUGGUUUGAUACCAGAGAACUAUGUCGAAUUUUUGCCCUGACAAAGUAGUAGCCCUGGAUCUCUAACGAAAAUAUCUUCAACGUUAAGACAUGGUAUAAGAAGGGCUCUUCACAUUGAACCAUCUGAAUCAUCUCUUGAGAGUACUUCCAGGUUUUUUCUACAACGUCAGAGUUUAGAUAAUGGUAGAACAGCACUUGAAGAACAUAACAUGGAAAGAAAAUUUUCCACGUGAAAACAUUUUAAGAAAUUCUAUAAGAGCUGAUAAUAUACUUAAACGGGACAUAUCUGUUUUUGUUCUAUUAUAGAUCUAAUAUUAUUGAUUGUCUUUGAGGCAGCUCAAAAUAUCUGAGCAUUUUCUUAUUGCACACAUUUCGAUCAGUGUUUGCAGUGUUUAUUCUGGUAAAAUUUCUAAGAUAUUCAUAUCAGAAGUAUUAUUUACAUUUGGGUUUCAACUCCAAAAUGUUCCAUUUUAGAACAACGAAAAAUUAAGUCAAUCACAAAUUGAUUAAAAAAUUACAGUAAAGAUGAUAAGCCUGUAUGUAUUUCCUUAAUAAUUUUAAUAUCCAUUACAAGAGCAAUUUUAUUUUAUCUCAUGAGAUAAAAUUUGAAUGUGUACUCGAUUGCAAUUUGAAUUAUGAAUGUCAGAAAACAAGUCAAGAAAUAUCAAUACCAUUAUUUUUUGAUUUUGAACUGAGAAAAAAUUCAUUAAUAUUUCUCAUCUACCAUUACAAAAUGUUUCAAAAAACCUCAAAAAUAUUUUUUAUUAAUAUAGUUUCUUAUGUUAUUGUAAUGAACUUACGAGCCAUUAACUUGCCCAUAUAAUCUUUAAAUUUUAUUGGACAUCCAACAUUCGUAUCUUAUACAUAUUGUUUGUUGAAAUUUUAGCUUUGAUAUAAUAGUUCAGGAAUGUAUUCGUUACUGGAAAAUAUAAUUUCUAUAAUGCUUUAAAUAGAACAGAAAAGGAAUUUAUGUGAAAUGUUCAUUUGUUUCAAAAACAGUAUAAUUGAAAUAAUUUUGAAGUAUUGUUAGUAAGUAUAUAAAAUCAUAUUUGGGGAGAGGUUUAUUCAAUUCAAAUUUAUGAAGAUUAACAUAAAACUGGUACAGUAAAACUACCAAUUAAGAUGGAAUUUCCAUAAAUCAGUAAAGUAAUUAUUUUUCUGAAUAUCACCACUGAAAAAUAUUUUCAAAAUGUUCACUUCUUCCAAUGAAAAAGAUUAGCUAAUUUUUAUAUAUGAUCGCAGCAUUUACAAUUUUGAUAAUGUAAUAAUUUAUUUUACAUAUCGCACCAGAGUAUGGCAAAUAUCUAUACAUUAUCUAUAACUAUAAAGAAGAUGUAUCUGAUUAUUCAAUACAGUGCAACACAGUUAUCAAAAAUAAAGAUAAUCUAACACAAAAGAAAUAUUUUAGUUCAAAAUACUGCUCUAGUCACUUCAUCAUAUCUCAGUCUCAAACUGACUUGAGUCUUAUACAUCCUGACCGUCUGUUCUGACUCCAGCAUGGCUUCAAAAUAUAUUAUUGAUUUUAUAAAAAAAAUCACUACACGGUGCUUCAAAGCUUAUAUUUGAAUAGAUCUUUAUUCCUUUGGUUUGAUUUGAUUAAAAAAAAAAUAUUUCAUCUUGUUGACCCAAUCAAGAUUAUUCUCAAAUUACUAAUCACUAUUUCCUCACAUCAACUUGAAUGUGUUGGGAGCUAAUUUCAACCACAGGUUAGCACUCUAACUGAGAGUGGAAGGCUUUCAAAAACCUCUUGCAACUCCAUAAAUGUUUGUAUAAACCUCUUUCCAAUUGGCUCAUGUAUUCAUAGAAAGUAUAUGACUUGCACAUAGUAUAUAUUGUGAAUACUUUGCAUUUAGUAUUAAAAUAAUAAUAUUCUGUGAUAGAAUCAGACUGGCACAAUUAAAUAAUAUAUUUCAUCAACCGAAGCCACAGGCUAGAAAUGUUUAAAUAGAAAGUGUUUUUUUGUAUUAUUAUCACUUUGAAGAAUUUUAUUUCAUUCAUUUAUAAUUUUGUAAUAUAAACUUGUUUAUGUUGAUUUAUCUUGCAGGAGUUAUCUUUGAUAAAGAAGAUAACAUAACCGUUAUUGAACAAGAUAUUUCAUUUCAGAUUUUUCAAGGAUAAUGUUACCAUUUCUAGAUAUUUGAAAAAAAAAUGUAUGCUUGAAAGAAAUUAUUCUUUGGCAAUAUAAUCGAUUUUUAAUUUAGAAGUUGAUAUUUAUGAAAUGAUUUCGGUCAAAGCCUAUAAACCAUUAACACCAAUUUUUAUCAUAUCAAUAUUAGUGCCUAGAAAAGGUAAUAAUGAAAAAUAAGAUUGUGUAGUUACCAAAAAAGCUGUACAUAUAAUCAUACAAUUGUUGAAUAUCAAUUUAUUCAUUCAAAUACUGUUGAAUAAAAUUCAUAAAAAUGGUUUAAGAUAUCUUUAAAGAAAUUCUGAAUAAAAAUCUGAGACGGGAAAGCACCUAAUCUAAAAGAUAAUCCAAAUUAGAUUAGGUGCUUUCCUGUCUCUGGCUAGAGGAUGCAUGUCAGUUUCAUCACUCGGAGCGUCAGACACUCCCCUUUCCAGCUGUGAAACGCCAACUGUCAUAUUUCCAGUUUGUUGUUUAAUUUGACAGUUUUGUUCUGGCAUGGUCCAUUGAUAGCAUGGAUUGAAGCUUCAGUGCGUCAAGACAGAGUUACAUGCACUUGGAAACCACCUAUUGAAAAAUUAUUGCUUAUGAGAAGUUUUGAUUUCAUCUAGAAUUGCUUUGCGUUUUUUCCAGUAAAUUGUGAUAUAAUUAUAUUCCAUGAAGCAUUUUGUUAUGUAUUUCGAAUUAUUAUUUUUGAUAAGUGUUAUACAUAGACCUGAAAUAACUGGACUGGGUGUCUCGCCACUUCCAUAUGAUUUUUUUCCAAUGUUAAAUAGUGAUUUAAUUUUCAAACAAUCUUUUCUGUUUUCAUCUGGAUAGUAGGUUUACAGAUUGUUGCAGUACUUCUGGGUCUGUAUACCCCCUUUCUGGUGUUUCUUCAUUCUCUCUCAGAUGGGAUUUUCUAUUCAAUGUAUGCAUAUGACCUCUGUAUUUUCAUUUUGCUAGUGAACAAUUGUCUCUCUUGUUCACUUUUAACAUAUAUGUAUUUCACAAACAACACUAAUAUAUAAAUACUAUUCAGCUCUUUGUAUAGAUUACUAACUCACCUUCUUAAGUGCAAACUCAAGAUUUAUUAUUCAGUUUGAACAACAAAUGUUUAGUAAAAUAUUUGUAUACGACUUCACAAGUGUUACUCAAUGUGUCUUUAAAGUUGCAAAAAUUGGAUAAAGGGAAUAUAUAUGCUAAAAUGUUAUUCAACUAUUCUUUCACAAUUUUCUGGCGAAUAAUUUUUUCUCCCAGUCCAUAUAUUUUUUUUAGGUCUAAGAUUGUUUAUAGUCUUAUUUUUGUACAUAAUUUUAUUGAAAAUUUUGAUAUAUUCUAUGUUUUAAUUGGGUUAACCUCUAUUUUACUCAUUGUAAUAUCACAUAAAAAUAUUAAAGUAUUGUAUUUAAAA